AUGCCCGCAUCGAACCCCUGGACCCUCAGCACGCUUCCCAUCAUUGGCACGGCCAAGAACGACAAGUCCACAUGCCAAUCGUGCAAGCAGUGCAUUCCCCAAGGCGCCGUGCGCGUCGGCCUCAUCUUUCACCACUUGAACGGCUACAUCGCCCUCGAUUGGCACCACUUGACGUGUUGCGAGACGCCCGCGCAGCUUCCACACAUUGAGGGCUACGAGCUCCUGAGCGCCCAGGCCCAAGAGCAGGCGCCAACUACGAGCGCCAGCACCUCAAGCGACACAGAGCUCGAACCAAAAAUGCUUCGAGGCUAAAAGUGUCCUCAAGUACCGCCGUAGUUGGUUGCGUUCUCAACGCCGAACUCAGUCAAUGAAUAUACUUGGA